AUGGCCACCCCAGGGAGCGGGGAUGUCGGCAACGGGGGUCCGAAUGGUGCCGGUGACAAAUUUACACCGGCGCAGAAGAAGAAGCUGAAGCAGAAGCAGAGGAAGGAGGCCCGGAGAGCGGAGAGGGAUGCCAUCGAACAAGCAAGAAGAGGUCCAUCCUCGCUGUCCAAGCCCUCGCCGGCCGAGAUCGAGGGAGUGGAGAUAGAGUAUGUCUCCGCCCCCCUGGAUUUUGAGCUGCCUGGCGCUGCUCCCGGCAUCAAGGCGGAGGCAGGGAGUGAGAACAUGCCCGUCGAUGAGCCUGCCACUGCCGGGCUUGGCAGCAGCUCCCUCAAACAGGAGGAGGCGGAUGCAGGGACAGCUCCCUCAACAGCAGCCGAGGAGGACCCUGCCGCAGAGCUGGCUCGCAUAAUGCAGCGGUUUGGGAGGGUCGAGGACAUGCUGGGCACUUCUGGAGCGGAAGCAGAUGAGGCCGAGGAGAGGAACGGCGGUGCAGCCGACGGGAGGGGGGAUGGAGAGGCCCAAGAACAGGAUCCGGGCAGCAGCGAUGAAGAGGGUGGUGAGGCCCAACUCUCAAAGAAGAAGCUGCGAGCCGCCUCACGUCUCAAAGUGGCGGAGCUGAAGCAGGCGUGCGCUCGACCGGAUGUGGUGGAGAUCUGGGACGUGACGGCAGCAGAUCCAAAGCUGCUGGUGCAUCUCAAGGGGUACAGGAAUACCGUGCCUGUGCCAAGGCAUUGGUCGCAGAAGAGAGCGUACCUCCAGGGAAAGCGCGGUAUUGAGAAGGCUCCCUUCCAGCUACCCGACUUCAUCGAGGCCACGGGGAUAGGCGAGAUGCGGCAAGCGUAUCUGGAAAAGGCCGAGACCCAGAAGCUUAAGUCCAAGGCCCGAGAGAGGAUGCAGCCCAAAAUGGGCAAGCUGGACAUUGAUUACCAGGUCCUGCAUGACGCUUUCUUCAAGUACCAGAACAAACCCCGCUUGAGCAAGCUGGGAGAGCUCUACUACGAGGGCAAGGAGUUUGAGGCAGAUAUUAAGCAUGCCACGCCUGGCGUCCUGUCUGAGGACCUGCAAAAGGCGCUGGGCAUCGACCCCGGGAUGCCCCCUCCCUGGCUGAUCCACAUGCAGCGGUAUGGCCCCCCGCCCUCAUACCCCUCCCUCCGCAUCCCCGGGCUGAACUCCCCCAUCCCCGCCGGGGCCCAGUUUGGGUACCACCAGGGCGGGUGGGGAAAGCCCCCGGUCGAUGAGGAGGGCCGACCGGUGUAUGGUGACGUGUUUGGCGAGCAGGCUGCUGAAGAGGCCGAGGAGGAGGAGGUGGUGAGUCACUGGGCGUCUGACGGGGGCGAGGUGGACGACAGCGCCUCCCUCGCCGACGGCCUUGCCUCCGUGGCUUCGGGCCUGGCCAGCACCCUGCCCUCCGGCAUCGACACCCCCUCCGAGAUCGACCUCCGCAAAGGCAAGGACACGGGGCCCCGCCAGCUCUACACGGUGCUGGAGCAGACGGCGGCAACCGGAGGCGCGGGGGUCAUCAUGGGGUCGGACCACACCUACGUCCUGCCGGGGACGGGCGAGAAGAAGCUGUCCAUUGCCGCACAGAAGCGGCUGGAGGCACUGCGCAGGGAGGUGCCCAGCGACCUCGAUGUCGCCAUCGACCCCGCGGAGCUGGAGGGCCUGUCCGACGCGGCGCUGCGUGAGCUGUACGAGGGGAGGGUGGUGGAGGCCCGGGAGGCGGCGGGCAGGGAAGACUUCUCGGACAUGGUAGCUGCCAAGGCUGCCGCCCAGAAGAGGAAGGCCGCGGACAAGGCAGCGAGCAAAGACACCAAGAAGUUCAAGUUCUGA